AUGGCGGGCCCUGCCCAAAUGCCCGAAGCCUACCCACAUGGCUUAAAGACUUUGACCCCAGGAAACACCAUCGUCGAGGCGCUGCAGAUCCUGGGUCCCGGAUUCCGGUUGGUGCCCCUUGAUGGCAACUCGCCGUACGUCAAACCCAAGGCGGCGCUGUACGACUUCAACGGCAAGGAACGCCGUUGGGACGUCGUGGAGAGUCAUGCCAGUGUGGGUGUGGUGCUGUACCAUCGGGACCUAGACGCGUUUGUGAUUGUACGGCAGUUCAGACCUGCGGUGUACGCGAGCCUCCUCAGAGAGGCCGAGGCGGCUGGCCGACACCCGCCGCCCUUCAAAGACGCCUUCACGUAUGAGUUGUGCGCGGGGCUAAUCGAUAAGUCCAAGUCGAACGUCGAAAUCUGCCAAGAGGAGAUUCUCGAGGAGUGCGGCUUCUCAGUCCCCCUAGAGGCCAUUCGGGAGGUCGGGGUGGGCAUCUCCUCAGCCGGAACACAAGGGUCUCCACACAUCAUGUACUACGCUGAGGUCGCCGCACUUCAAGAACGCCUUUUGGUGGACUCCUCAAUGGCGGUCGAGGGUGCCGGUGGCGGCCUGCUAGGUCACGGCGAGUGCAUAGAGGUGCUGGCGCUGCCCCUGGAUCUCAGCCAGGACUUUGUGAUGGACGGAAAACUGCCCAAGAGUCCGGGCCUUAUGUUCGGACUGACGUGGGCGUAUUUCAACAAACUUAACGGUAAUCUUGGGCCACGGGGUAACGGCCCCGCCAACGGUAAUUGCGCCAAUCCGCUGCUUACAGAGGAGCUGGUGCUGAAGCCCGUGUUACCUGCUUGA